GAUAACAAUUAAUUAUAUUAUUGCGUUGAGAGAUGUGUUUAGGCGUUGGUUUGUUAGCUCACAGAUACACACCGUUUACUUGGUUCUCGCCUUAAUAUACUUAACAUUGUUUAUUAAACGACAGUUAAUUGUAAUUUUGUAUACUAUUUUUGUCACACCAUUACUGUCUCCGCUAAGACAUGAGUCGUUUCACAAAUGUGGGUAACUUUGCGGCCGUCGGCUGGUGUUCGGCCGGCGUUGGACUGUUAGGCCUAAUAUUCAUGAUCGCCGGCGCCGUUAUCACAGGAAUCGCUUACACAGAGAUUACUCCACCAAAUUAUGAUGAAAACUAUAACAGAUAUCUGGGCGCAAGUGUUCCCCGUUUAGUGGGUCCGUUUUUGUUAUGUUUCGGUGCGAUCCUAUUGUUCGGCUCGUGUGCCUUCUUUGGUCUGGCCUUUUAUCACGCGAACAGAGAGUAUGACUCCAACGGAAGCACCAGUAGAUAUCAAUAUACGGCCGCCUCGUCUACCGAAUANGCGGCCGUUCAUAUAACACACGCCACGAGUGUAACCGAUGUGGAGGAUAACGACGAGCAGACAGUAAUCCACGAGCCAUUAGCCCAUUCCGUGUCGCGCGAGAGUACGUCCGUAUUGAGUAUAUCGGAGUACUUCGACGCCGAAGAGAACCUCUCGGCCUGUUCUACGUCUACAGAGGAUGAGGACGAAGAGAGUCUGGCCACUGAUCUCAGCGACGACGGCACCGAAUACAGGCAUUUGUCCAAAACUUCCAUCGAUAAUAUGUCGAUCGCCAACACCACUGGUCGGCGAUCCAAACUGCCAGCCCCUCAGCCCGACACAGGCGAUGUCUCGCUUUGGAGUCUUUUAUGUAAAAAUAUAGGCAAAGAUUUGUCAAAGAUCUCAAUGCCGGUCACAAUUAACGAGCCGUUGAAUGUAUUGCAACGCCUCUGCGAAGAGCUCGAGUACAGCGAUCUCCUCGACAAAGCGGCCUUAAUUGAAGACAAUCGCCAACGAAUGCUACAAAUCGCCGCUUUCGCCGUCUCUUCCUACAGCUCCGCCUACUAUAGGGCCGGACACAAGCCAUUCAAUCCACUGCUCGGCGAAACAUACGAGUGUAUCCGCGAAGACAAGGGUUUCAGAUUCAUAUCAGAACAGGUCAGUCAUCAUCCGCCGGUGUCUGCCUGUUGGGCCGACUCUGAUAACUACAUCUUCUGGCAGGAUAUGAGAAUUAAGAGUAAAUUUUGGGGCAAAUCCAUGGAAAUAAUACCGUUCGGAACGGUUCACGUGCUCUUAAAGCCCUUCAACGCUCACUAUCGGUGGAAUAAAGUGACCACUUGUGUACACAAUCUGUUCAAAGGCCAGCGUUGGGUCGAUAACUACGGAGAGUUGACGAUAACGGACGGCGAGUUGACGUGUCGGCUCACGUUU